AUGAAGCUCGCCUUUAGAGCUGUUGCCGAGAACGAUGUAUCGCUGAAAGCGGCGGCGUAUCAAUACUAUUCAAGCGGCUUGGAGCGCCACAAAGCUCAGCUUCAUCAGCUUGUUCCAUGGCAGAGGCAUCAGCGCCUAGAUUCCAUUCUAAAUCUUCUUCUCAUGUCAAUGGCACUUCUAGAAUUUGAGAUGAUGGCACCACUUGCGGCCGAUUCCUGGGUUCCCCAUGCUUAUGGCGCUCUAGGCCUCCUGGAACAAGUUGGACCUGAGGGCUGUCAAGAAUCACCGUUUUUUGAGAUAUUCUGGCAGUUGCGCUUUUUUAUGUCGUAUGUGGCACUGUCUGCUCGCAAGAUGUCAUUCCUCGGGUCUCAGACUUGGAUGGAGAUACCAUUUCUGCACCGCGGCAAAACCGAAUUCGACCGCGUCAUCGACACCCUUCUUCUAGAAGACCACCAGAUGAGUAAGGGAGAGCCUUUGGGCCUCGAAACAAGCGAUCUGUGGCAAAUAAGCGACAGAGACUUCGGCCACGAGAGAGGGGCAGGCUUCAAAUUUGCCUGUCUAGGAGAAAAUGCCGAUUUUGAGCGCAUAGUCCGAAUUCUUGUUGAACUACGAGAGCUCGUAUCAGCAUGUGCAUCAGAUCCUAGCCCCAAGAGGCAAGAGUCUCUGUCGGCGGCUAUCCUUGCGGAUUGCAAGCACUUGAUGAGCCAACCUUCGCUGCCGUUCAACGUUGGGCUGCAAGUCACGAGCGCGGCGAGCUUGGUCGCUCAAUACGCCUCAGACUCUCUGCAAAAGCAAGAGGCAGAACGGCUAUUUACUGACUGA